AUGGCCUUCACGCUCACCCGCGAACACGUCCUCUCCAUAUUCAAAGACACCGCGAAUGGGAAUUGGGACACUUUCAUAGAAGCAAUAGAUCCAAAUGUCCACUGGUGGAUAUCAUCCGAUGUCAAAGACCCCCUCUGCAAGAGCGGAAUCUACAACCUACAACAAUGGGAAGACAGCGUCAAUGCGGAUCUAAAGUCACAUCUCAAAGACGGAUACCUAGAAAUGAAGCUAGAUUCCUUGGAUGUGAUCGGGUUGAAGGCUAUUGCGGAGUGUUCUGGCUUCGCGGUGCAGAAUGAUGGGGACCCGUAUCAGAAUCGCUUCGCGUGGUUCUUGGUUUUCAGUGCGGAGACGGGGAAGAUCGUGGGAAUUAGGGAGUAUCUGCAUUCAGCACUUGUAAAGGAGAUGUUUAGUAAGAAGUGA